CGGAAGCGGGACUCCAUCGACCAAGGCUCCGUCACCGGCUCCAUGACUUCCGGCAGCGGCUCCAGCAGUACUACCGGAGGGGAGCCAGGAUCCGGCAGUGCCGGAAGUGGCGACCAGGUCGUAGGUGACGGCUCGUCAGUGUCGGAAUCGGUGGAGGACAACUCGCUCUCAGUCACGGGAGAUGAUCCUUCCGACGUCCAGCAACAGGACCAGGUCUUCGAGGACCCCAACGAAAUCUUCGCCGGGGAGCCCGGCGGACCUCCGCUGGCGGGAGUCGUGAUGCAGCAGGCGUACCCGGGGGGCCCCAUGAUCACCAUCCCGGUGCACUGGACGCCCUUCAUAGACCCCACCCUCAUCCCGGGGGAGACCGCCCUCACGCCCUUAGAUCCAGCCUUCACGCACGUCAUCGACCCCAAGGCGCUGCCCAUCGAUCCCCUACACAUCUUGCCCGUCCAGCACGACGCAUCGGGUUGUCCCGUCCAUGUCCAGGUGAAGGUGGACUCGAAUGGCGUGCCUAUUCAGAUUCAUCCGACAGCCUUUACAGUAUCGUUGAGUUCAUUACACCAACACCAAGAGCACCAACAACAGCCGGACAUCAUAACCCAACAACACCAACAACCACAACAACAGCAGCAGGAGGUUCAAGAGGCCGAUGUUGCUGAAGGGCUAUGCCAGGGGCACAAGCCUGCCGAGGGAGAACAGCAGAUCCUCGAAGGACACAGCCAGGCCGAACACCACGUCCUCGACGAGCAGGUCGGGGCAGAGCAACAAGGUCACCCUCAAGGAGAGGAGGCUGGAGGAGGAGGAGGAAUGAUGGAGGUUGAGGGGGAGGAGGCGGAGGAGCAGACAGAGACGUCGGAGGUAGACAGACGGGAGACAGAGGAGGAGGCGAAUGAUACAGUUAAAUGCAGUGAGGAAAGAGAGACAGACGUAGAUGUAAGUGAGGAAAAUGAUAACUCGGAGGAGGAGGGAACCAAGGGAACAAUGGAAAUAGAGGAGGAGGAGGAGGAGGAGGAAGAAGAAGAGGAUGAUGAAGACGAGGAGCAGGAGGAGGAGGAGGAGGAGAUGGAAGUAGAAGUAGUACAAGUUACAGAACCAGUCGAAGAGGAGAAACGAGUGGAACCAAGAACGGAACCGGCGAAGGGAGAGGAGAAAACAGAAGAGGGAGUUGAGGAGAAGGAGGAGGAGGAGGAGGAGGGGGGAGAGGAUGAGAGGAGGAGGAGGAGGACACAACAGUGGCAGCGAGCAGCCGAAAAAGACACCGUUAGCAGUAAGAAGAAUAAAAGCAGAGCAUCAAAAGACACUUCGACAGCAGCAUCAACAACGCCGUCAGGAAUCCCGGCAGUGCCUUCUACGAAUCCCCAAGAGGUGACGACGGCAGGAGAGGCGAAGAGGAGAGGAGGAAGCGAAGAGGACGAGGAGGAGGAGGAGGAGGACGAGGAGGCAGAAGAGGAGGAGGAUAUGCUCACCAAGGAGGCUGAAGAGUCCUCCGACUCGAGUGAUUCGCAGUACGCCAGCAUGAGCGAGUCCUCGUCGACGCCUACCACUCCGGCGGGAGAACCCUCCGACGGACACGAAGCUCCCGAAAGCCAAGUCGAGUCCUGCAAGACUUCGUCCGAAGCAGACCCUGCUCUUGCUGCCGCGAGCAGCAGCUCAGACAACGGGGUAUGUGACCCCUGCGAGACACAGGUUGAACCCAGUUCCACGAGCUGUGCAGACGACACUGAAACCUCGGAGAAGUCCGCCUUGAACGAGACCGAAGGACCUCAGCAAGCGGGUGAGGAGGAGGCCAGCACCAGCGAGACCGGUCAGCAGCCCCAGCCUCACGUUGAAGGAACCGGCGAAUUCGCCCAGACGCACCAGCACGCGACGGAUGCCACCGAGAAGGUCCUACAAGGAUACGUCAUGGUCCCCAUCCUAACGCCUUACUACGAUCCUUCGGUGCUGUACGGUUAUCCAGUCGUUGUUGCCGACCAGCACCAGCACCAACACCAGCAAAGAGGCUACAGUAAGAGGAAAAAGAAAAAAUAUCAGCGUCGUCGGCAUGCGGAAGUCCCUUCCACGGGUUGCUACCUUGACCCACAGCUAUACACAGGUGAGCCUUUUGUGGCAACUCCUGGUGGUUAUGUGGUGCCUGUAGAAGCUGCUCCAUCUGUAUGUCAAGUACAUGGCUUCCAAUAUGUGACUGCCCCCUUCCCUCAGCAUCUUGACGAGGGCAUUGUACAACAUUCGCCUUAUCUGCCAAAUGUUGUGCCAGAUCCUGCUGCUCAACAGGUACAACAUUUAGGAGGGACCAAUCUAGACGACGGAUCAAAAAGGAUAUUUAGUGACUUGCAAGAGAAGGAAAGAAGGCAAAUACAAGAAAUCCUUCAGGAACAAAGAGCAAAGGUUGGCAAGUCUGAUUCUACAGAAUCUUCAGAUUCAGGUGUUUCUGAAUCUGAGGAAGCAGUUGCAACAGAAUUUUCCUCUGAUGAACAUGAUGCACAUAAAAAAGACCAGGAUUCUUUACAGUCAAGUGGGAACACAGAAGGCUCUUUGUUAGGAGACUACACUUCUGGAGCUGAGUGUGAUACAGAUAAUACCAGUACUGUUGAAGUUAGUGAAAGCUACAGAUCAGAAGAGAGUUUGGAGAGAGUUGACAAAGAAAAUUCCAACGCUGAAAUAAAUGUCACAAAUGUAAGUAAUGCUCAAUACGAACUACCAGGUGAUAAUUCCAUAAAAGAUAGUCAUAUAACCACUGGUGAUCAAAAUCAACUGGUAUGUGACCAAGAUGCUUCCAUCCAACCAAAAUCAGAUUUGAUAGAGAAAUGUUCUGCAGUCAAUGAAGCAGAUACCAAGAGUCCAAAUUACGCCAUAAAAGAGACGCAAUCAAGACACAGUUCCUGUACGACAACUGAUUCAGACACAGAAAUCAGUGCUCAGGAACAAAGCAUACCAGCUUCAAGUGAUAUCAAUAUUGCAGGUUCAGAAGAUGCAACCAAAGUAUCAACAGAAAAUCUUGAUGAUUUAGGAAAUAAAUCAGAACUUGAUUUAAUAGAAGCACCCACAGUUUCUUGUAACCUAACUGAUGGUUCUCCUAAUGCACUGUCUAUAGUCUCUUCCCAUGAACAACAGCACAGUAACAAAGUAACUGCACCUCAAAACCACAUAACCAAUCUAUCUCAGGAGACUUGUUCAAGUACUGAAAAUCUUGAAUUAACACUCGAAAAUGCUCAAGAAUAUCAUUGUGAGGAAGCUACAAAUGUUGAUGAAACAAUACUUCCUCAGAGAUUAGAAUCCUUGUCGAAAGAAAGUAGCAUAGACCAGGAAAGCUUAAAAGACUUAAAAGUAACUGAAGCUGUUAAAAGGUGGAUAAGAGAAGUUACACCUGAAAAAGCCUUCUUCCUUUCAGAAGUCCAAACACGCUUCCUAGAAAACGAAAUUCAAGGAGAUAUGGAUACUGAAGAUGAAUACAUUGAGGACGAACUCCCACAGAGUACACAAUCAACAACUGUAAGUGGUUCAAAAAACGUGGAAGGCAACCCUUUCGCUGCAGCAUCCAGUGAUGCCCCUAUUGUGGGCAUGGAAAGCUGCAGCAAAAGGGUUGCUUUAUUCAGUAAACAAAGAGGAAUUUCUCCUGACACAUUAGAUGACUACGAUGGUUCAAGUACGAUUAGUAACCUGAGUAACGAACAUCUGUAUUCAGAGGGAUCAUCUAGCCAACCAGCCUCCUUCAGUCACAGCUUCGAUGAUGAAGAAGUUGAGAAGUAUACAGAAAAUCCAAAUAUAUAUAAUCCUAUUGCUUUUGCAAAGUACUAUCAGUUAGGAAUAGAUGUGGAUGACACAACACCUGCUUCCACCCCUAUACCACAAAACUGUCAAAUGUCUCGUGAAACGACCCCUGUUGUCCAGACAGAGUCUGAGACUAUUAGCGAGUGUGGAUCUGAAGAUAUUGAAACUAUUCCACACAAAUAUGAUGUGGUUUGCCAAUAUACAGCUACCUCACCAAUGUCCUUAGCUACUGAAAUAUUGAAAGCUGAAAAAGUUUUGAGCAAUAUGGCACACAUUACUGGUUCUCAUCAAGACAAUGAAGCCAUUAAAGGUCAUUUUGGCAACCCAGAUAUAUAUCUGAAGCACUAUGGAAAUGCCCAACGUACAGAGGUUGGUGAUAGUGGAGUGCAGUCCGAGGAGAGCAGUGAUGAAAUGGAAGGACGUAGUAAUGCUGGCAGUAGUGGUGUUGGAUCAUCACUUGCCUCAACGCCAGCAAUAUCUCCAGCGCAUCAGGUAUCAGGACAGCACCCUCUUCAGUCACAUCCUUUAAGAAAUUUAAGUGCUGGUGAUGGUCCAGUGCCCUGCAGGACAGUGUGCUGUGCUGUUAUGUGAGUAACCCUCAAAACAUAUAUGGGUAUUACUCUAUUUUGUUAACCCUGUGGGGUAGAAGGCAGGCAAAGGGGUAUCUCCUUAGCCUUCGCCCGCUCGUGCCUUACAGGGAAAACUGCUGGGCAGGGGACUGCCCAGACACUGAGGGUACAACGCUUAAACUGCUGUGAACUGCGACCAACUGGGUCACAUGCUCACCUGUUAUCAAUUCAUGUACUCUAUUCAAGAAAAGUUGGUGCAAAUGUGUGCACGUUGGACGUAAAACAAAGUAGAGAGUCAGUGCGAAAUUGCUGUAGGAUAGUGUCCUUGAGUCACGCAACAUGCCGUGCUUUUGGUGCUAUGGUUACUGAGGUUGAAGAACAUAUGGCCUCACAUGGGUUGCACUGCACUUGGAGUCUGCAUACCUGUAGGGGAUACUGCCUUUAAAUCAGCUACACACACAAAACAUACAUUUACACAGACACACUGUGAGUGCAAUAGGCUGCUGCUCCUUGGCUAGUCCCCCCAUCAGGUGUGUGGUUGUGAGUUUGUUAGGUCACAUCACCCAAAUCGCUUCAAUCUCAUGCAUUGUCAUUGUGAUAGGCAUAGUAAACCCUAUAGAUAGUUGUUAUUUAUUUUUAGACUUGUGAUGUUUUAGUGGUUAAUGUAGGUGAUGUUCUACCCUUGAGCAUUUAGAUGUCAUUUGGGUAGUGUUGAUGGUAGGUAGCGUUUUUGGCUGCUGCGGCGAGCGUAGGUGUAGGUGGGCCAGGUGCCUCACAGGAGUGUGCAGGCUUGAACAGCAAACCUUCCUUAAUACAUGUUGUUAAUAUCAAAAUAUGACAUUUGUUGAGAGACAUUGAAUAUAUAAAGAUAUAUAUAUAUAUAUAUUCCUACCCUAAAUCCUAAUGUCACACUUGUAUUGUAAAUAUAGUUAUACUAUAUAUACAGAUUUAUUAAUGCUCACAAGCCUGGUCACUCUGCAUCCUAUAUUUUGUUGACACGCAGUUUUACAUAACUGCUGCUCUCCACAUCACCAAGGAAUGCCUCCUUUGUUGCUACUGUUGAAUGUCAAUGGAGACCCAUUGCUGCAUAACGUUAAGUUGCUUAGAGCACAGCAAUAGUUGGCCUAUGCAUGUCACUUCAUCUGUUAUUGUUAUCAUUAAAUGGCAGUGCUGCAGCUGGUAGUCUCCCAUGAAUAUAGAAAGGAAUAAGCUUGAUUGUUAAACAACGAAUUGUACGAAAUGGUUGUUCGUGUAAGACACAGCAGUGAGUUUGAGUUGUUGUUUGUUAUAGCUUGUAUACAAUGGAACUAAAGUUUAUCUAUAAAGUUCACCUAUUUUUGCUGAAUGCCUGUCCCCAGGUUUUUACCUCUUGUUGUAUCGUAAAUUUAUUGCUGACCAAAAUGCACUAUCUUUUGCAUAUCUUCAGCCUUCUAUCUAAGCAGUGGAUUUUGAUCCUAUUGCCUCUGUGACUUAUGACUUUGGCAGCUGAACUGAAGUUAUCUUGGCUGUGCUGAAAGAAGAAAAAAAAAUGUUAUUUCUUGAUUAUUAUAAACCAUAAUUUCUUUUAUUUUCCCAUAAAUAAAACCAGAGACCAACAAUUUCGUUAUCAAUUUCCACUGAUGCCAUAUUACUUAAUAUUCCAUAGAAAUGAAUGGAUGUAUCCUCUAUGGAUGCACCAGAGCUGUUGGAUUGUUAUUUUCUUUUUGUAAAUAUAGAAUCAAAUAAAAUUUGUUGUAUUUAA